AUGACUCCUGAUGAUCACCCUGCCUACUAUAUUAAUUCGUUUAACCUACUGAGGUAUAGGUUACAAAACCUCAAAAUGUUUGCAAUUUCCACUAAAAAAUCAAGCAAUGAUUUUAGUGUUGGGCAUUUCCUGGCAAGGAUUGAAGAUACUGUUCGGAGAAAUGCAGAGCAGGAUGCCGUCGACGAAUUUCUAAAAGAUGCUGCAUCGCUUGAUGGAGAACUAGAUGAAUGGUAUGCCACCCUCUUCAAUACAUCAGGGCAGUCAGCUUCACUUACAAUAGAUGAAGUACUAGAAAUCAUUGGUUCCUUCCAGGAGAAUCUUGUGGAGUUCAAGGGUUCAGAAUGGCCAUUUGUAACCCUUCGAGGGGUGGAAUAUAAGAUGGAACCUUUGGGAGUUCAGAUGGUCUUCUUGCAGAGUCUCAUUCGUUUUGUUAGACAGAGAAACACUGAUCCCGAAGACGAUUUGUUGGUUCAUACAGAACCUGUUGCUAUCAGUGCUGCAUAUCUCCUGUCUACAAAUUGA